AGCUACUGGGCUAGGUACUAGGUGCGAUGUUUGGUUCCUUUGGUCGGGUUCUUGGUACAGGUGCAACCGCGAUCCUUCGUCUGUGGGUUCCUGUGGCGCCUCCCAUCACUUUCAUUAAAGCCGCCUUGCAGGCUUGCAAAGAGCAUCAUCAUCCGUCCAUCAACCAGAGCUCGAUCCAAAGAUGAAGAUGCUGCGACGAUGAGAUUGCACAUCAUCAAAGAUGCUUUGAUUUGAAGCUCUAGACGUUCGCAACUGCACGCAAAAUCCCUUUCUGGAAGAAGCCUACAACUGUAGUGUAGAAACCCGCACCAUUGGGCACAAUAAACGCUCGCAACUCUUCAAUUUUCCAACAGUUCCCUCAAAGACUCGAUCCUGUCGAUCCUACAAAAUGGCAUCGCCUUGUCAGAAUUCAGUGUCCUUAGCGGACAAACUGGCCGAUCCUUCCCGACCAGUAUUUCUCCUGGGCCAUGUUCCUCCCGCCAAGGGAACUCCUUUGGAAAAGUGUCAAGAAAUUGGAGACAAGUUUGCCGCUCGAUCCAAUACGCUGGCGUCGGAUGGCUUUAUCGUCUACGACAUUCAAGAUGAACCUCGGGGAGAUCGUCCCUUUCCCUUUCGUGAAUUGAUGGACAGCAGUGCCUACGCUGCCAUGCUCACACGGUACAACGACUGUCUGGUGUACAAGUGUGUGGCCGAUGCCGACUUUGACCAGUGGACCCGUCGUGCCAGUGAAGAACACGGCCAUUCCGCCGUCAAUCUCGUGGGACGUCCUUCCUCUCAAGCCGAAUAUGCCGGACCCACUCUUCCAGCGGCCAUGGAACAUGUGCGACAAUCCAAACGCUUAAAGUUUGGAUGUGUUUGUAUUGCCGAACGACACACCAUGGAGGCAGCUCACAGUCGCAACAAACAGUAUCCCACGGAACAUCUCAACAUGAUGCGCAAACAAUCCAAUGGAGCCGAUUGGUUCAUUAGUCAGGCCGUGUACGAUUGUGAACCCACCAUUCGAUUGAUUCGAGACUAUGCCACAUUGUGUCGCAAACAGGCGGUCACUCCCAAAAAAAUUGUCCUGACAUUUUGUCCCGUCAGCAAACCCAAAACGAUGCACUUUAUCAAGUGGCUGGGAGUUCGUGUGCCGGAGCAAGUGGAACGAGAGAUUCUACAAGCCGAUAGUCCCGUCGACAAGUCCAUUAAAGUUUUGUGUGGACAUUUGAGACGUAUUCUCACCGAGUGUGCGGGAGCGGGAGUGCCCUUGGGCAUCAACUGCGAAUCCGUUUCCAUUUACCGGGCCGAGAUUGAUGCCGUCCAUGAACUCUUUUGUAGAAUGCAAAAGAUACUGCUGGAUACGCGUGGGUCACCCUGGAAGGUUCAAUGGGUCGAUGUUCCCAUGACUCCGGUAGUGAUGAUGGCAAAUAGGGAGAAAGAGGAGGAGCCAGAGUCGAAGCAUGCAUUGACUGCCACAUCGAAUGACGUCCUCCAGGCUGGUUUGGUCGGAGCGUUGGUGGGAGGUGCCUUGGUGGGAAUUGGUGUUGUCCUCGGAGGCACAAGCAAGCCUGGAGCCAGCAGCAUGUAGAGUUUGGCUUAUCAACGUAGCAUGGUAUAUGGUUCUAUUGAUUGCAAGAUUCGUAGUGCGUUUGUCAAUUGAUUGGUUGGGAGCAGGUAUCAUCUACUGCACUAGGCGCUCUCAUGAGCUUCUUUUCUCUGCUCUUCCUUUGGUGUCCUCAUUGAGAACGAUGAAUCGCAACGUAAAUUUACUUCCUCAUCGAACAGAGAACCCACAGCCGGCAUUAGGUAAAAGCAAUCAUAACAAAAGCAAUCAUCUAGUCUGCCGGCCUUGACCUUGUCCGUGCCAUCGAUUCCUCUGAGGCUCCGAUGGAUUGGUUAUCGUGAUAGUGAAACGACCGACGAACAGGGGCGCUACCCAUAAUCUCUACUAGGACGUUUACCAUGGGACUUGCUACAAGGCCCCGUUCAGUU